AUGUCUGAUAUUCUAAAUAAUAUUGAUGGUGGAGAGGGAUUAUCUAAUUCUAUUUUGGCAAAAUCUGAUAUGUUUUCGAAACGGAGGAGAGUACCUAAAAGCCUUGACUUUUUCAUCAAAAUAUUGAAUGAAGGUACAAAAUUAUUACCAAGUUGGUUUUUCAUUGACUCAUUUUUAAUUAUUGAAAUGAUGAAAACAAUGCCUGUACUUGGUCAACUCUCAUUUGAAGAUAAGAUUCAUCUUUACUCUCGAAAUGGAUUGACAGCAAUUGUUUUUAGUAUGCUCUUUUACAGUAAAAACCUCCAAGGAAGCGAUGUAUUAAUAUCUCCUGCUGGAAUGAGUCCGAUAUUGAUUAAACAUAACGAAACUACUAAUCUUCUAUUUUACAAGCAUUUAAUCAAAAUAGCAGAAUUUAAUUUGAGCAGAGAGGAAUUUUUGAUUCUUAGAGUUUUAAUCUUACUUCACACAGGUUUCUCUUAA